GGAGGGCGGGGUCGUCUUCUCCUCUCUUGCUCUGCCCUCAGACAAUAAAUACAGCUGCCCACCUCGGUUCAUGCCCAAUUGCUGCCCCCGGAGUACAAAUCGAGCGUACCGUGCCCCCGCCGCGCAUGCGCAGGGGCGGUUCAGCAUGUGGCGUAGUGUUAGUAAGCGUCUCCACGGCUUGACUCAGCGACAACACGGUUUGAUCUCGAAAGUGUGCGUCCAGCAGCUGUGCAGCAGCAGCAGUGAGUUUACAGAUGGCUGCUUCGAUGGGUUGUACACCGGACACAUUCCCACCACCCCCGUCCAGAGAGCCCUGCUGGCCGUUGGGUCAGGUGUGGCUGCACUACACGACCCCUACAGACAUGACAUGGUGGCCGUGCUCGGAGAGACGACGGGACACCUAGCGUUGUUAAAUCUCAGGGACAGGAUGAGAAAUGACCCUGAAGGCCACACAAUCCUAACGGAACGGCCCAGGAUCCGACUGUCCACUCUGGAUCUGACCGCGAUGACCUCUCUGCCCGAAGGCUCCUUCGGGAGAGAAUACCUCCGUUUCCUGGAGGACAACCACGUGACCCCUGACUCGAGGGCAGACGUGAGGUUUGUGGACAAUGAGGAGCUCGCCUACGUCAUGCAGCGAUACAGAGAGGUCCAUGAUUUGUUGCACACCUUACUGGGCAUGCCCACAAACAUGCUGGGCGAAGUGGCAGUAAAAUGGUUCGAAGCCGCUCAGACGGGGCUUCCCAUGUGCGCCCUCGGAGCUGUGCUGGGGCCACUACGGCUAAGCACAAGCCGUUUGCAGACGCUGUUCACGUCUCUGGGGCCCUGGGCGCUUCAGAAUGGUCGGCGGGCCCGAUGCGUCCUCAGCGUCUUCUACGAGAGACGGUGGGAGCAGAACCUGGAAGACCUCCGGCAAGAGCUCAACAUCGAACCGCCCCCGGUUAUACCGAGUGCAUCCAAACAGAGGAGCAGCUGAGGAAAAAGUCUGGGUAUCACCUGCCAAUAGACUUUUAAACAGCAGACAAACCGUAAAUAUUUGAAGUGUGCCUGUGACACUGUGGAAGUUUUAAUAAGAUCCACUGAGGAAAUUCCCCACUUGACAAACACUGUCUUGUUCCUUCUUACAUUACAGAUUGAUCUGCUUGGCAUCACGUCAUUUUGAGUGAAGCCAUUCUAGCUGAUGGACAUUUUCUGUGAUUUCCUGAUGCUGGUGGACAGCAGGUCUCGUUCAACAGGCCUCAAUCUGUUAUUGUGAAUUCACUUUUGUUAUUAGCAUUCAAAUUAAUUUAAAAACUGAAUGAUCUGUAAUUAUGCACUUACCCAUGUACUGUAUUCAGCUUUGAAAUAUAUUUUUAUUGCUAUAGUUUUUUUUCCCGUAUUUUUGAGAAACCGAACAGCGUGCACCUGCAGUUGUGCAAACACCAGUUGGUGGGAACCGAGCAGAGGCAUCCGCCUCUGUUAUCUUUUGACUCACUAUGUUGUCAAAUCCUGUGCUGUGAAUAAACUGGGCUUUCCUUA